AUGGUCCAACGAACUCAGCCCUCCUCGCCUGCAAGGCGGGAUACCACCCUGGCUGAGGUCGUUGACGACUCCGACCCGACAUACAGCAAUUUCGGCCACCGCGAUGAGUUUUUGGAAUUGUUGAAACAGUUCCUAGCCGCCAAUGCGCAGGCGACGCCGAGUCCAGAGGAGAGCGAGGCCGAGGACGAGCUCCUCGACUUCUACCUUCCCAUGCCUGGGCUCCUGGACCCAGCGAUGGGCGACAUCGUACCUCCACUCAUGGCGGCGCUAGGGAAGCAGCUCGCUCUCUUGACAGACGGUCGAGAACCGGACCCGACUCGUUUUGCACGCAUAGGACGUGUGGUCAACUGGGUUGUGAAAGUCCGGGGAUGGAACCUCUCGGCGCUGAGCACGGAUGACAUAGCGACGAAUCUGGACAUUCCGACACACGAGCGGCUCUUCUCCGUGCCGAUACCUCCGUUGGCCGUUCGAGUUACGCUGCUUGCUCUACCGCUGCUGUCGAAUCCUGGAAAGGAUGGCGAGUACGGUGCGCUCAUCCUGGCUCGACUGUUCGCACGUGAAGACGCUCUCGCAGGUCUGCCCGGUUUCCUCAGGUGGGCUGCCGCGGCGUUGGAGGAAGGAGAGAGGGAACAGGAGGCGAAUCUCGUUGCCUCUCUGUUCUCGUUUCUGGCCGUGCUUCCAGGCAUGGCUCCGCAAAAGGAGCUGCCAAUUCUCCGGACCUUCUUUGAGGACAGCCUCAUUCCGCAUCUCGCGGGAAGCACGACGAGUGCGACCUCCGGUCUCAUCCGAAAGCUUGCAACGAAGGCAAACGGUCGUUGGUGGGUUGCCUCUCUCGGAGCAGGGCUACGAGAUCAGCCCGAUGCCGAUCUGCCAGAGGGUAUCGAGGAGGUUCUCGACGAUCUCAUGUCCGCUCUCGGAGACAAGGACACGAUUGUGCGUUACUCGGCGGCAAAAUAUCUCGCUCGAAUUGCAGCACUUCUGCCAGCCGAGCUGUCGGAUCAGAUCGUAUCGGCCGUCAUUGGGCUCUUUGCGGGAAGCGAGGAUGAUCCGGUCAUCCUGACCAAGUUUGGCACCGUCAUCGAUCCCGGAGGCAGCGCUGGGGGUAAUGGAACGAUGGGACUGGGAGGUCAGGAGACGUCACGAGGAGAAGCGCGAUGGCACGGUGUCUGUCUCGCGGUGGCGGAGCUCGCCCGCCGGGGUUUGCUUCCCGCCGAGGCCGUCGACGAGGUCAUUCCCUGGGUUGUGAAGGCGCUUACGUUCGACCUGCGGCGAGCAUCGCACAGCAUCGGGUCCAACGUUCGAGAUGCUGCGUCGUACGUCCUGUGGUCUCUGUCCCGUGCCGCUUCGCCUCAGCAGCUGAAGCCGUUUGCCGAGCUUAUGGCGACGACUCUGGCCAGUGUCGCGGUGUUCGACCGUGAAGUUGGCGUACGUCGCGCCGCCUCUGCUGCCUUCCAGGAGGGUGUCGGCCGCUCGGGUCUGUUCCCCGAGGGCAUCGAUGUUCUGGGCAAGAUCGACUUCUUCUCUGUGUCCAUCCGCCGCAAGGCAUUCACGGAAGCUGCACCCGCCGCAGCCCAUCACACGGUAUAUCGCAAGGCGUUCCGAGAGCAUCUGCACAACAUCACGCUUCGCCACUGGGACGCCGCGAUGCGAGUGGCCGGGGCCACUGCACUCGCUUCUCUCCUUGAGCUUGACCCGGCCGACAUCCCGGACUCCGUCAGCCGCGAGCUGGUGCAGGUUUCUUCGUUUGACUCGGCGAGCGCACACGGAGCUCUUCUCGCACUGUCGCGCAUUGCGCCCAUGCUCGACGAUGGCGGAAAGGCCGAGCUCUUCGACGCCUUGACGAAGGUUCGCCCCGGUGCGCUCGUCACCUCGAACGCGGCUGACAUUGUUAACGGCGGUUGUCUGCUGGCUGCUGCGGCCCUCACGUCCUCCGCGGACCUGUCACCACUGGAGCGUUUCUUCUCAGCAGCCACGCAGCGGCGCGAGACGGAUGUGCAUGACUCGCUGGCGGCGUUGUGCCGAGUCAUGAGCGAGGUGCAGCCCGACAACUGUGUGUCGUAUGUGCGUCGCACAAUGAGCGAGCUCGGCGCUGCGCGCGCCUCCACACGACAAGCGGCCGCCCUCUGCCUUGGAAGCUAUCAGUACCGCACUGCCGCUGAGAUCUCUGGUCCGCUCGAUGCUCUCCUCGCGCAGUUCGGGAAGGACGCAAAGGCGGAUGUGGAGACACGGCGGAACGCUGUGCAGUCGCUCGCACAGAUGUCGCUGCAGAGCGCGGACAGUGUUCCCCUGAAUGCGCUCGACGACUACACGACCGACCAGCGCGGCGACGUCGGCUCGUGGGUCCGCGUUGCAUCGGCCAAGUCAAUUGCGCAGGUUCUCGCCGGCGCCGCUAGUCAACCGAACGCGCUCCAGCUCGUGCCCCAGGAGCUCUUCACCCCUGCCAUUGCGGGUAUCGCGAAGCAGGCGUUUGAGAAGCUCGACGUCGUGCGCGAGGCGGGAACGGAGGCUUGGAGCGUCCUCCUGGCUGCUGACGCGGACAAAGUCUGGGACUGGCCGGGCGCCGAGGCCAUGGCUACCACGGAGAGUGGGGAGCGGCGUGUCCGCCCUUCUGCCGAGUGGUUUAGCGCCGGCCUUGCACUGCUUCAGACUUCAAUCCACGCGAGUGUAGCGGCUGGGAUCGUGCAGAGCGCAGGCGCCGUCGUUCACUCGACCUCAGAGCGAUGCUUGCGCCCACUUAUCCCGUGGCUGCAAAAGCAUGACGAGAGCCAGUUCGUCAUUGACAUUGUCGACGUACUCGCCGCCAACUUGGCUUCGAACCGUAUCGCCGUCCCUGCGCUGACGACGCUGUCGCGCCUGAUGGAUGCGGGCAUCGAGCCAAGCGAGGAGGAGGCGGGACGCAUGCUCGGCCUCGCCGCGCGCGGUCUCACCACGCUGAAGAGCAUCGAGCGCCUGCAGGCCGCGAUGCGCGUGAUUAUCCGAACGGUUACGGCCGAAGCACUGUACCUCGCCGUCAGCGACGAGGUUGAGCCCGAGCUCGAGGAACUCCUCCUUGAGACGCCCUGGGCCGAGGAGGGCGACAAGGCGACGGCGGGACGCGCAGUCGCGCUCCUCCGCGAGAUGGCGUAG